UUUUAUUAAAGAUAUAUUAAUAUUAACGGUUUCAACAACGGAUGAACUUGGUCAAAAAAGUUUCAUGCGUGGAACUGCUUUGUACCAAAUGUUAUUAGGAAAUACAUAAAUUAAACAUAAUCAAAUGCAAUGGCGUAAAAAUUAUUUGGAUGCGUUACGAACAUUCGUUCGUAUGUGAUAUUUUUCAUCUGGUCAAAUACCUUGAAUAGAAUAUUGACAGAUAACGUUUGUCGUGUAUUAUGGGAGCAACAUUUUUCUUAAAUUUGUUGACAAAAAUAUACGGAAAAUCAUCUUCCGUUCGUUUAAAUAUUGUUGAUUAUUGGUUAAAGUUAAAAAUUAAUAGCCAUUCUGUACGACUGCGAUAGUGAUUGGCAAAAAUGAAACUGAAUGAGCUCGUUUAUUGGUAUCAAAAGAAAAUUGGUACUUAUGAUAAACAGCAAUGGGAAAAAACUGUGGAACAACAUAUUCUUGGAGGAUUUACCCAUGUUCCAAUGAGAACUGCAAAACUGAAAACAGAAUUUAUUGAUGUAGAUCUUGUACGAGGCUCUUCUUUCCCAAAAGCAAAGCCAAAGCAUGGAUUGUCAACAGUAGCUUGCUUAGCACUUCAACGCUUAUUAUUCCUUCCUUUAUACAGAAAAUGGUGGAUACAACAAACUAGUUUACAAAUUUUUAUUUUAUUUCUAUUAUUAUAUAGCUUGCAGUUGAUCAAUAUGUGCAUAUAUUUCUGUCAUAUGUCUAAGGAUAAUGAAAGUGAUGUUGUAACAACAUCAGAAGUAUUAAUACCUGCUAUUAUGAUGUUGACAUUAUGUAUCGUUCAUUCUCAUAUUGUGUCAACUCAUUCAGGUCCAACAAUAGUUGAUGGACAAAGUAAACAAAGAGUAGUUAGGCGUUCGCGACACACUAGAUGUCGAAUGGGAAAAUCCAGGACAAGACAAAACUUACGUUUACACGAAGAUUCUAAAUCAUCUCAAGAUACAGCUUCUGAAAAAGCUAGUACAGUAAGUGGUGAAGUAUUAACAUCUGUAAGAUUUGCUAAAAAAGUUGUAAUUGAAAAUUCAUUGACUGUUAGUCGGUCGCAGGAAAUUGUGACUGCUCAAGCAUCCUGUGAUAAUGAGUCAAUCAAUGCUGUUGCGAACAAUCCUCUUCCUAUAAAUGAAGCUUCAGCUAGUCAUACUGAAUCAAAUGAUGUUCCAGAUCAAAAUAUGAAAAACGUACAUCAAGAUGAUGAUGGUUUUGAAAGCUUAAAUGGAAAUGUAUCUAGUGAUAAUGAUAAAAGUGCUGCACAAACUACAGUAGAGAAAUUUAAGCAAAAAAGAGAUGCAUUACUUAAAACUAAUGAAGACCACGUUCCUUGGUCGGAAGAUUCUACCAAUCAACCAUCUUUACUGCAACCGAAAUUUUCAGCACCUGAAUUAUUAAAGACAGAAAAUAAUUCUUCAAAUAGUGAGGCAGAAGCUUCUAAUAAAGUAUUACCUCUAAAGGAUAAAGAUCAUUGUGUCAUGGGAAUAGGAUCAAGAGAAGGCCGCCAACAAUGUGAAAGCGAAGAAGAAGGAGAGUGCGAGGAAACAGUUACGAAUCAUUUAACAGAAGCGACUACAUCUGCUACUGAAUGGAUGGGAGUAACUACCAACAGUGAUGAUUGUAGUUACAGUUCAGAACUUGAAGAAUCCGAUUUGCAUAGUGAGAGAGACAAAAAUUACGGAGAAUUUGGGGAGCAUCCAUUUUCAUGGGAAUUUGGAUUACCACCCUCUAUAAUGCUUAGUUCGAAUUGUGCUGCAUACGACCGUGUUUCAUGUACUAUAUGGACACGUCGUGAUAUAAAAAAGGCUGAAUUAUCGGUACUGGAUAUUAGUUCAGCUAUUAUUGCUAGAGUAGAGUCAAUGCCUGAAAGUAUGAAUUAUUUUUAUGGAGGCCUAAUGCUUAGUGUAGUAUUAUCAUUAAUACCAUCUCUUAAACGAUUAAGUGAUCUUGUUGGAAUGGAUAAUAGUAGUAAUGUAACUAGUUCCUUAAUACCAAAUGAUUUGACUUAUGUCAAUUUUGAGACGUAUAGCGAUAUUUUAUCGAAAAUUAUAGAUUUGGCAUUUGGGACAACUCUUUGGGAACGCAUGGUAGUGCUUAUAUCAGCAUUUGAGAGACUUAUAUUGUCGUCUUUAUUAUUUUUUUUAUUAGCAGUUGCUGAACGUACUUAUAAACAAAGACUCUUAUAUGCUAAAUUGUUUUCACAUUUAACAUCAUCAAGACGUGCAAGGAAAUCUGACUUACCACAUUUUCGACUAAAUAAAGUACGCAAUAUAAAGUUGUGGUUAAGUGUUAGAUCUUAUUUAAAGAGAAGAGGCCCGCAACGUUCCGUGGACGUAAUAGUAUCAGCAGUAUUUAUUGUUACCUUAUUAUUGUUGUCAUUCGUGAGCUUGGAAUUAAUUAAGGACCUUGAAAGUUUGCAUUCCCGAUAUAAUGUUGAAGCACUCUUUUGGAGCUUUUCUCUUGGAAUAUUUAUACUGCGUUUCAUGACGCUGGGUACGAAAAUUAAUAAGAAAUAUAGAAAUCUUUCUGUUUUAAUAACCGAACAGAUUAAUUUAUAUCUACAAAUCGAGCAAAAACCACAUAAAAAAGAGGAGCUUAUGGUAGCAAAUAAUGUACUCAAAUUAGCAGCAGAUUUGAUAAAGGAACUUGAGUGUCCAUUUAAAAUAUCUGGAUUAUCAGCUAAUCCCUAUUUAUACACAAUUACGAAAGUAGUAUUAUUAUCUGCCCUUUCAGGGGUGCUUUCAGAAUUACUUGGAUUUAAGCUCAAGUUGCAUAAGAUAAAAAUCAAAUAAAAAAAGGUGAUACUAUAUUUAUUUUCAUAUAACUACCUCAAUGAUGUUAGCCAAGUAACGAAAAUAAUUCAACUUUGUUAUUGAAUAUUAGGAUAUUCUAUAAAAGCGUUCUAUACGGACGUUUAGAAAUAAUGUAAGUUCUUGGUAACUUUCAAUGUACAUACAUAUGUAUAUUUACAUAUGUAAAUGUAUAUUAUGUAUCAUUGUUAUUUAUUACAUUUGUUAGAAGUUUUACGUUUUAUAGUAACAAAUGACACUAGUAACGAUUAAUACCAUUAUUCUAGUAAGCUACAUAUUGAAAUAUUUUAUUAAAAAUGUUAGUUUUAUUUGAAUUAGAAUUCUUCCUAUAUACGUAUACAAAACAGAUAAAUAGUAAUACAUCAUUGAUCUACAUGUGUUACAAUAUACAAUAUACAUUAGUAGCAAACGUUAGAGAUGCUUGUUGGAAACUCAGCAAACAAUUUAAAUAUAUGCUAAUAGAAUGCUUAAGUACUGUGUGAAUAUUUUUCCAACAACCAAUGAUUUCAUCGAAGCAUGCAAAACAUAAAACAAAAAUGUUAAUAAUAAUGUAUGUAAUUUAUACGCAUAUACCUUUGCAACGUUAUAAAUGUUACUAUUUAAGUGCAAUCUAUUUCAAUUCCAAUACAUUAAAUUUCUGUAAUAAACAUGUUUAUGAAACCAAAAAGUAUAUGUAACAAUUAUGACUUAUUUAUGUUUCUAUAGAAUGUCUGUAUAAAUACAUAAUGUAUCGUGAUAUAUAAAAAAGAUAGUACC